GGUGUUGUUGUGAGUGAGUCAUCUUCCUUAUUGACGAUCUUUGGCACAACAAACAAACCGGAUGUUCCAUUUCCCAGCAUCCACCGCGGCAUGCUUCUCAUUCCAGCUGUGUGUAGCUACGGUUCGGGCGACAACCCAACACCCGACACAAAUGUCUCCGUUUUUAACGAGAGUUUCGGUUUAAACGGAUCAGAGCCGCGGAGCCCGGUGGACCGAUAACCUCGCUGACGGCGGAUGCCUCUCACGGGGAGGAAUUCUGCCCGGAGGAGGAGAAAAAACCCGGAUGAUAAGCUCCCGGAGCGACCCGGGGAGUCUACUUCUUCUGCUGAGGUGAUGGCGCCCACGCGGAUGAAACUGCGCGUGCGUCGUCGUGACAACGCGGCCGGAGGUGCGGGUGCUGCAGCAGGAGGCGGUCAGCCAGAGGAAGAAGAGGAGAGGAGGCGAGAGAGCGGCGGCCGCAACAGCAGGAGGAAAAACGGCAACAACGCUUCGACCACAGCUGCUGCUGCCACCUCCUCGUCGUCUCCUCCCUCCUCCUCCGCCUCGGCCUCGGCGCGGGCAGUGAUGGCGGCAGAGGAGGCGUCACCUGACUCCAAGUGCCCGAUCUGUCUGGACCGCUUCAACAACCUAGCGUACCUGGACCGCUGCCUGCACCGCUUCUGCUUCCCCUGCAUCCAGGAGUGGUCGCACAACAAGGCCGAGUGCCCGCUCUGCAAGCAGCCCUUCGCCUCCAUCCUGCACUCGGUCCGCGCCGAGGACGACUUCAAGGAGUACACGCUGCGGCCGGCACCUGCCAACAGCAGCGUCGCCGCCACUGUUGCGAUGGUGGCGGCGAUGGCUUCGGCAGCGAGGAGCGACCACCAGAUGAGGCUGAUGCUGAGGAGGCACAGAGCAGCAGACGGCGGAGAGACGACCACGAGGAGGCGGAGGACGGAGAGGGGAGGAAGAGGCGGGGGCGGCAGGAGGGCGGGGGAGAGGACGGGGGUGUGGGAGUGGUACCUCGAUUCUCCUCCUCUUGCUCUCCCUCCUCUUCCUCACCAUCCUGCCGUCUCUCCCAUUGUUGCAGAGGACAGUGAGGAGGGAGAAGACCAGCAGGAGCAGAGGAGGAGGGGAGGCGCUGAUCUGGCGGAGCGUGGGGUGAUAUUUGAGGGAUUGACGGGACUCGGGGGGGCGGUGGUGCCUGUGGCCCCCAACGACCGGGCGUCACGGCGGCUGAUGACUCGUUUGGUGGCGAGGCAGCGGCUGCAGCGAGAAGGUGGAACGGUGCGGCGGCUGAGGGAGAGAGAGACGGUGGCCUUCCGCCGCGCCCUCUACCGCAGCGGCAUACAGGUCCGCGGUGUCGCCGGGUUCAGUAACCAGGGGCAGCAGCGUGACAUCACAGCAGAGAGCUUCCGCCGGAACCCCACCCACCUGAACAGACUCCGCCCCUGGCUGCGGCGGGAGCUCACGGUGCUGUACGGUGCGCACGGCUCGCUAGUCGACAUCGUCCAGCGCAUCAUCAUGGCACGGCUUGCCCGCCACGGCCUGGAGGACACGCCUACCAUAGAAGAAGAGCUGCAACCAUUCCUGUUGGCCCGCACCGACCACUUCCUGCAUGAACUGGUCAGCUUCGCCCGCUCGCCGCUCAGCCUGGAAAACUACGACCUGCAGGCGGUGUACGAGCCGCCGGCCACCGCCCUGGAGCUGGACGGGACGAUCAGCUCCACCGACAGCAGCUCCGUCAUCGCCAUUUCAGAGGGUGAGGAAGAGGAGAGGCGGGUGGGAGGAAGAUCAGAGGAGAGGCUGCUGGGGAGGGCGGGGGGUGCUCACGACGACGUCAUCCAAACAGGAAGCUGCCUCAGCCUGUCGGCCUGGGACGAUGAGACUCCAGGCCCCUCCUACUCCACCGCCGAGCCUUCGUGUUCGCUCGCCUCGCUGUCGUUCAGCCCCGCCCAGGAGGCGGCCAAUGAGGAGGGAGGAGAUAAGCGGGAGGAGGAGGGGGAGGAGGAGUGUCUAAUUGUUGGAUACAAGAAGCCAAUAGCGGAGCGGACUCCUGAACUGGUGCAGCUCUCCUCUGACACAGAGGAAGAGGAGGAGAAGAAGAAGGAGGAGGAGGAGGAGAACACGGCAGAGAAGCUUCCUCCCCUCGCCUCCACCACUCCUCCCCUCUCUUACCUACCCACAAUCCCUCCUUCUACGUCAGGCGCCUACAGAGACGAGCAGGACGACAAUCUGAAGGAGAAAGACGGCGAGGCGGGCGGGCGUCGCUCGUGGUCGGGCAGCUCGGGGAGAAGCAGGAACUCCGUGUGCACGCUCAGCCCGGCGACGCCUGGAGAGAGCGAGCGGCAGCGGGAGAGAGAGAGCUGGAGAGACAGGAAGCAGUCGGGCAGUGAGGCUGCGAGGGAGAAGAGGAGGAGGAGGAGGAAGAGGAGGAAGAGAGGGCGGGAGAGGAGCGGUGACCACCCGAGGAGGAGCGGCACCCUGUCUAACCCAAACCGCUCCAUUUAUCCCGCCAUGAUGCGCCACCGCUCCCACUCACCGUAUCACUCCAGCGUCGAGUCUGGCUCGGCGCUGCCGUCCAGCCCGCACGACUCCAGCUGGGAGUACCCCUGUUCCCAGGUUUCCCCUCUCACCUCCUCUGUCUCCUCACCCUCCUCCUCCUCAUCCUCAUCCUCCUCCUCCUCACCCCUCUGGUCCUCCCCACCGCUGUCUUCACAGACGCCGCCGACGCCCUCGCUCUCCCCCAGCGACCGCAGCAACACUCACCACGGAGAAAAACCCGGCGGGAAGAGGAAGUACAAGAGCCGCCACCUGGACAGCGAUGACAAGGACCCCACCUGGAGGCCGAGCAGCAGCCACGGCAGGGAGAAGAGGCGGAAGCUGGGGGAGAGGGAGAGGAGGAGGAGGGGGAGAGAUGGAGGGAGGAGAAGAGAGAGGCAGAGGAGGGACGCUCACAGGGAGAGCGGCGGGGACAGCAGCAGCAGGAGGUGCAGAGAAGACCGGAGUCCCAGCGUGGAGAUCAUCUACGAGGGCACCAUCAUCUCGAACGCGACGCAACCCCGCGCCUGCAAACGCCGCAGGAAACGACACCGCAAGGCACAGCACAGCAGUCCUCCGGUUAUCAUCACCCUCGACAGCGACAGCAGCCACGAGAACGUCAACAACAACAGAAGCAGCAGCAGCAGUCCGCUCAGCAGCCAGCAGACCGUUGACUUCUCAGACCUUCCUCCUCUCCCAUUGGUGCAUUCUGACAGCGUGGGCGGAGCCUUGAAUGCAGAAAUCGGCGAGCUUCCUGUUGACAUCCUGGACCAGGCAUCUGAUGGGUCGGAGACAGAGCCAGCCGUCCGGUCCGAGUCCGCAGGUCCCAUCGCCAUUGACAACAGCGACCAUGAUGUGGACGUGGAAAACGUCGAAGAGCGCGGUUCACUGCUGGGAUCGGAUGAUAAUAAAGGACCAAUGACAGAGGCUGAUACAAAGGCAACCGCUGCUGCAGCAGCAGGGACGGUGGACGGUGGCUCUCAGCCAACAGGGGAGAACGACGCCGCCCCCACAACAACGGAUCUGGUUCACAAAAGAGCCUCCGAGGUCUCGACCUCUGACAGCCGUCUGCUAGCAGCCAUCCUCAAUGACCUGAAGGAAAUCGCCGCACCCAAAUGUGACCUUUCUUUGAACUUUCAGCCCAGUUGCUCACCGAACACCAGAAAAAAGCAUUGUAGGGAUCAGUGUGAGGUUAGUCAGGCUCAUUCAAACCAGGAGGGCUGGCUGGCUGGGACGAGACAUCCCAACCCCAAUUUGCCUGAGGAGCGACAGUAUAACGAUAUCGGAGACCAAAAUCAUGGCUUUGACUUGCCGACGUUUCGUACCUCCAUCCCCCCGCUACCUCCUCUUGAGAGGCUGAAGGAGUGCCGGGCCAGAGAGGAGGGCAAGGAUGUCCCUCCGCUCCUGAAACAGGCCAGACCCGUUAGGUCGUACAACAGAAACAUGCCGCCGCCAUUAAAACACAAAGAUGCUGGGAGUCCACACCUGUCACCAAUCUCUCCCAUUGACCUGCACUCACCUCAAGCCUCUGUGGACGCUGACCCAGUUGGUGUAAAUUCUCAUGUUGACCUCAAUUUAAAUCCCACCAUCUCCCCCAUUGACUCUUGUUUGGGUGCUGAGCUGCCUAAAGAUAACCAGGCCAUCCCUCCCAUUUUAAUGCUGAAGAGACAUUUCACGAGCGCUUUGGCACUGAGAGGAGAGCUGGCCUCUACUAGCAGCAUUUCAGCCAUUGACGUGCAUUCAGCUGCUCCUUCUAAAGUCGGAGCAUUGACCAUCGGCCUCCGUUCCAUGAGUCACAAACCUCCCAUUGAUUUCCAUUCUUCUUCUUGGUCUGAAAAUAGUUCCUCAAGUGCUGAUUGCUUACCACAUCUGGACUUCAAUUCUUUUCAUUCUUCAAAGUUACAUUCUGGCCAUGAUAGCACAAAGGAAAUAUCUUCUGGUCCUAGACCUAUUGACUUGCAUCCUGUGAAUUCUUUAUCUCCCAUUGAUUUCCAUUCAGCCAAGACUGGCUGGUCCAAAGACAAGCCAGCUCACACUGACUCUACCUCCAGAGGUUGCAGGAAUAAGACUCUAAGCCCAAAUUCAUGGCGGGUAGCACCCGUUGACCUCCAUCCUUCCAGCAGUGUUUCGGCUGAAGGCACACCGGCAGGUAGUGAUGUUUUCUCAGGAGCCAACUACACAUCACCUCCUGUUUUUGUUUCAUCCAUUGAUUCUAGGACACAGAAUCCCUCCUCACCCAUUGACUCCCACACUUCCAGUAAGAGAGAGAACCUGUCAGAAAGGCUUUCGCCCUCUAGAAUUAGCUCAGUGCCAACAACAGCUCCCAGCGGUAGGUUGUCAAACAUUGACGUGCAUCCUGGAAGUUCCAAAUCUAUGGUUGACCUCCACUCUUCCAGUGCAGCUUCAGAAGGACUGACAGACAACAAGGCAUUGCCAUUAGUCAAUCAUGAGGAAAGAUUGCCUCAUGGUUACCUGCCACCCAUUGAUUUGCAUUAUACAAGUCCUGUGUCACCUGCUAACAUACAUUCUUCUAGCUUCGUCAGCACCAUGAUUGACCAACACUUGAACCACACAGCCAUAUCCUCCUCUACCUUCCAAACAUCACGUAGAAAGUGCAUUUCUGAGUCCGAACCUUCCCUUGAAUCCCACUCAAAACUUCUCCACCCCACUGACAUUGAUUCAAACCCUCGCAACCACUUUGAUCCCAGUUCCAACCCACAGUUCCUCAUUGACACCUGUUCAAAACACAAUCUCCCCGUUGACUCUCUGCGUGAAUCUCAGCCACCCGUUGACUCUCAACCAAAAAGCUCUCUGAGAGACUUUCAGCUCCCCACGGACAAUCACAUCACGCCUUCCUCCCAGUCUGUUGAGAACCAGUGGAACUCAAACUCCUCCAUUGACGCCCAUUCAGACUCUCAGUCGCCCGUUGACGAACGCUCAGCCAGCAGCGUCUGGACCGCACACACUCACUCUGCCACAUAGGACACACACGCCUGAAAAUGAAAAGAGAUUUAAAUGUUUUGAUUACUUAAUGGGGAAAAUAAAAGUAAAGAACUGCUGAUUUUUUACAUCUGUUACUAUUUUUGUUGAAUUGUUUAUAAGAUAAAUUGUGUUCAUUUUAAAAUGUAACCUCUUUCUGCCCAUUUCAUCCCUGCGGCCAAGUUCAUAACGCUGUUCGAAGCUGUGUGUAAGGAACGUAGCUAUUUUCCAAAUGUGACUUGUAGUUUGUUUCUGGGGCUGGGUCGAUGAGAAACUUUGGACGAAUCGAUAAAUUGGGUAAUGAUAUCGUUUUUAUUUUUGAAUAUUUAUAUUUUUAAUUAUCAUUUGAAUUGGCAAAUAAUCUGCCAAUUUUUUUGUUGUUGUUUGCAACAGAGGGGAACGAUAAAGCAAAUCAAACUGUUAAAAUUAGGUCACUUGAGUGUUUAGUAAUGUGAUUAUCAAGUAGGGAAUUUAUUUAGGGAUGAAACAUUUAACUGCCAAGUUAUUUUGUUUGUUGGUUUUAUGGUCAUAAUGAUAAUUAUUGAUAAAUUGAUGAGUGGUCCCAGCCCUAGUUGUUGGACAAGACACAAAGUGUUUCAGCCCGCCCACUUCAGCAGGCCAAAACAAACAUUAAAGUACUAGAGUGAUGCCUUC